AUGUCUACAUCCCUCCUCGCCGGUCGGCAAUUGGCCAAUCUAGCCAGCAAUGUCAAUCGACACUCCUUCAGUACGAGCUCAAGUCUUGCGGCAGCAGCGGAAGUCAAACGACUGGGAGUAGUCGGAGCUGGGCAAAUGGGGCUAGGCAUCGCACUUGUGGCAGCACAGAAGGCGAGAGUGCCAGUGACUUUGGUAGAUACCUCGCAAGCAUCGCUGGACAAAGGGAUGAAAUUUGCAGAGAAGCUUUUGGAGAAGGGUGUGUUCAAAAACCGGAUCUCCCAGUCAGACGCAGAUUCCGCCCGCUCCCUUCUGUCGCCUACUACCAAAAUGGAAGACCUCUCCAAUGUCGACUUCGUAAUCGAGGCUGUGCCUGAGAUACCCUCAUUAAAAACAGAUAUCUUCUCUCAGCUUGCCAAGAUAGCGCCACCGCAUGCCAUCCUCGCGACCAAUACAUCCUCCAUCUCCAUCACCAAAAUAGCCUCUGCAACCACAACACCGGACAAUCCUACAGAUCUCGCCGCCGCGUCUCGGGUAGUUAGCACACACUUUAUGAACCCUGUGCCUAUACUAAAAGGGGUUGAAAUAAUAAGUGGGCUGCAAACAUCUCCUGAGACCCGGGAAACAGCCGUUGAAUUCUGCAAACGCAUGGGCAAGAUCCCGUCACAAUCUGCCGACUCACCGGGCUUCCUUGCUAAUCGCAUACUGAUGCCCUACAUCAACGAAGCAAUUAUUUGUCUCGAGACGGGCGUAGGAAGGAAAGAAGAUAUCGAUAACAUAAUGAAGAAUGGGACGAAUGUGCCGAUGGGACCCCUACAGUUGGCUGAUUUUAUCGGCGUUGAUACAUGUUUAGCGAUAAUGAAGGUGCUACAUGAGGAGACAGGAGAUGGGAAGUAUAGGCCCGCAGUGUUGUUACGGAAGAUGGUAGAUGCAGGGUGGCUAUUGGAUGGUCCCACAUCUUUGCGAGCGAGGUCUUCGCAAGCAUCUCUGGCUUUGGGAAAGAUCAACCUUGGCCCGACUAUCCGAAAUCCUACCACUUUAUUCCUGUGUGUCACACCCGGAUUCCUUGUCAGCAAUCUCAAUCCCAUCGAUGCGGCCUUCCUCAAUGGUAGCUUUCUUUAUGCGUGCCAGUAUCAAGGUGAAGAAUACAGCCACGACUUGAUUUAUGCUGUUGUCGCCAAGCUGACGAUGCUGUCCAAUUCCUCUUUGCAGCCUUGGUUCGACUACGGCACUGCUAUAAGGAGUCCUGCUUCCGGCCACACUGACCCCUUUGCAGCAUUACCGCCAAUCCAACCUUGCUAUGGCGGCAGCAUAGGAGGCGAAGCUGUGAACUGUUCGGUGGUCUGCGAUUAUACAUAUCUCUUGUUCGAUCCCCAACAUCCUUCAAAUCUUGUAACCUGUGGUCUGUGGGCUACGGUGACUGCUGGCCUUGAUAGUACUGGUCAAUCUCCUGUCACAACCCCAUUCGAAGCUGUGGGCUUGAACCUAUCUGCCACAGAGACUGUAAGGACUAUAGACGGAGCGCUUGGCACCUACAAUGCCCAACUCCAAAGCAAUUUGGUCGCCUGCUUUGCCUCCUUCUACGCAGCAACUCACUCUUUUACCGAUGACCAUGCAGAUCUUGGAGGAAUUGGGGUCUUUGUAUCCCUCAUCGUUCAGUCCAGCCUUGCAAUCGUGACUGCAAUCGUGCUGUCUCUUCUAGUAUCAUGGACAUUUGUGAACAGACACCGGCAAGAAAAGCACACCCAGGCAAUGAUGAUGGCUACGGUAGACUUCCAGAUAACCCAAUGCUAUUUCGCUGGAGCCGUCCAAAUUGCCGCCCUGGUCUUUACGGCACGAGGACUUUUUUCUAUCAAAUGGGUUGCAUCGCCUGAGCUGCUUGAUGAGGGGCUUCUUUUUACCCUAGCAACUAACGGCUUUGUUCCGACUAUACUCACUUUGGCCCUGAUCACGCAGUACGGACGGCAAUCAUGGUACUUGAUCUUAUUGUCGUCCAUUGUUUUCGUCUUGUCGACCGGGAUGCUAGCCGCCUCAUCCAACGCGUGGUAUGCAACACCUUUCGAUCCAGCCUACGGAGUCCUUCAAGACUGCGGAGAUUUUGUCGCAUCCAAUUUGACAACAGCAUGGUGUGGAUCGAACAAUCUAUUCUCAAACUCUGGACACAAUCCUACAGCUCUCAAUAAGGUCAUCUGGGUGAUGUGGGCCCAUAGCUUGCUGUGGUUGAUAUACUGUGUCUCGAAGAAACUCCGGACAUCAUCAGAUCGCUUCCUGCCGGGGGCCACGAAACUUGCGUCGAUCUGCCAGCCUCGAUUCGCUUGGAGCGAUCGCCUUCCCAUGAGCGGGUUAGGCAACCGAUUGAGCCAGGGACUGUUUGCUAUUACCUGGUCACUGUCGCUAGGCUAUCAACUUUGGCUGUACGCCGUGAUUUUGCACGGAUCGAUCACUAAUUUUACCUGGAGCUUUGGGCAGAUUUUAGCGGUUUUGGUCUGGGCUCCUUGCCUCGUCGAGUUUAUAAAUCUAGAAAUCAAUGGUGUGUUCAAGGGCUCUAAAUACCGGUUUCCGCCACCCCUUGCAUUGGCCACCACUGACUCGUCUGGGACUCUACAUCUUGGAAACGCUGACUCAACAUCUCACAUCAUCCCGCUCGCAAACUUAGAUACCAGAGGCACAGACACCGAGGAUGAUGACAGAUCGGACACAGCUAGAAGAGAGCAGCAUCCGGCAGAGAGAAUCUGA